CCGCACGAAACGCACCGCCUACAAAAGACUGAGUACCAGGGCUUUCAAUCAUCCCCGACGAGCUUUCCGUUGCUAGGUUCCUUUGGCAAUUCCAUUAACGCACUGUAUAGCUUGGGCACCACAGAGACUGGCGAACGUGUUACGAGAUAGUUUGGGCGGCCGGUGCAAGGCUGCCGAAAGCAUCGGUUUGGCGUUCCGACGCGUGCACGCACGCAACACGCUGCCAAUUAUAGUAUAAUGAGUCGCCAAGACGUCCCCUAUUCGCCCCUAGAUGGGGGCCCCUCAACAUCUGCCGGGCUGGACCGGGACCGAGACGCGCACAAGCUCAAGCCCCGACCGACCGGGCGCGAGGGGGAUCGCAGUGGACAUGGGGGUCUUCGCAGGACCCACUCGCUCCAAUACAAAACGGUGCUAGGUGGCGAGCUGCCACAAGGCAUCCGACAACGUGACAAGUUUGUGCCGCUGCCACUCGACAGCAGCAGAGCGGCGUCUCCGGGGCGGAUAGAGGAGGCGCCGGAGCCGGGGCUAUCUGACUUCGCGGGGCUAGUGCCAGCGCCCUCGGGUCGAGCCAGAAUCACGGUGUAUUGCAUCUCGGAGGCUCUGGACCGCGUCAAGCUUGAGUCCCUCAUACGCAUCAAGCACCCAGCCUGGGAGACGCACUCAUAUCAGGACGUGGUGCACGCCCGGCUGCCGGGGCCCGCCGCCAGCAGCACCACCGCAGGCGGCGCGCCGCCCGACGAGCUUGGCGCCGUGCGGGCGGACGUGUUCUUCUUCGAGUACGGCGUGGUGGCGUUCUGGGGCCUGCAGCAGCAGCAGGAGACAUCCAUCCUGCGCACCCUGGCGGUGUCGGCUGAGCGCAGUCCGCUGUCGCGCUACGAGCGGGACGAAUUCGUGUUCAACAUCAGUGUCAGCGAGCCGCCUCACAUCCAGAACGACACCAUCACCAUCAACCGCCGCCAGGCCACUGACCACCAGGUGCGGCUGGCCAUCAGCCACGCGCUGGCCCAGUCCACAAAGCUGUCUGUGUACGAGGAGCGCGUGGUGGCGCUGGUGGAGGAGAGCAAGCACCUGCCGCAGGACCUGGCGCUGCACGGCCGCGUGUCCAUGUCCACAAAGAAGCUGGCGCAGCUGAUCGGCAAGGUGUUUCUGCAGUCGUCCACGCUCAACCUGCUGUCCACCGUCAUGGACACACCCGAGUUCUUCUGGAGCGCACCCGACCAGCUGCAGGCGCUGUACGAGCGCGCCUGCGAGUACCUAGAGUUGGACACGCGUGCAGAGGUGCUCAAUGCGCGGUUCGAGGUGCUUCAAGAGAUGCUGGACAUGCUGCGCGACCACAAGAACAACUCGCACGCCGCGCGCCUGGAAUGGAUUAUCAUCUGGCUGCUGCUGGUGGACGUUAUUCUCAUGCUCUUCCAGCUGCUCAGCCUGUUCGGGCUGGUGUAAAAUCUUGCAAGCUUGUUUUAUUUUUGGUUGUUGACCUUGGUAGCAGAGUGGAGGGAGGCACGAGCGUCAGGACGCAGGGGCGCCCUGUGCGGGCAGUGGGGCACCCUUGAGAUGCGAGGGGGGGGGCGUGUCGUUGGAUGCCUUCGAUGCUACGUAUUCUUUCUGUACGGUUUGAGAGCGGGUGCCUGGAGAGUCUUUACGUGACUUGCAGUAGCUGCAUGAGAGUCUGCGGGCCGAGGCGUCGGUUGGCCGAGGCACCAAUGGGCGGGGGAGGCAGGUCACUGGUUGGACACGUGGGGUGCCUGGACAUGACGUGCAUCGCACGGUGUUUGGGACCAUGCCCUUCUAGGGGCGCAGAAUUUAACAGUCUAUUGGUA